UCCGGUCAAACCUCCCGUCGCCGACUCGCCGCCGUCACCUCGCCGCCCGGUCCGACCCGACCUAGGAGGCGCAACUCCACAUAAAAAAGGGAGUCCAAAUCGGCAAAGGCGCCGCCGCCGCCUCGUCGUGCACCCAGCUCACCCAUUCCCGUCGCGCACGUAGCAUACAGCGAGCUCAGCACGCCGAGACAGCGAAGCAGGACGGCUAAAUCCUCGCGCUAAUUGCCCACUAAUACUCUUGUUUAAUCGCCUCGCCUCGCCUCCUCCGCCUCUCUCUGAGUCUCCCCCUCGUGCUCGCGGGUCGCGGAAUCCCAUCCCAUCCAGCUCGGAGCGCGCGCGCCGGCGCCCAGGCUGGGAUCCGAUCGGGCGGUCGAUGCCGGCGGCGGCAGGCUGGGGAUGGCCGGGCGGCGAGCUGUGAGGCCGGGCGGCAGCAUGCGUGGGGUGGUGGCACGGUCGCCGGCCGUGUCGUUCCUGGUGGCGGCGGCGGCGGGCGCGGCGCUCGUCGGAGGGGUGUACUUCUGGGUGGUGGUGUCGUCGUUCCGCCUCCCCGACGCCGGCGCCGCCGGGUGCUUGCCUGAUGGCGAGGGGUCGUGGGCGAUUGGGAUGUACUACGGGAAGAGCCCCCUCGAGCUCCGGCCGAUCGAGCUGGAUUGGAAGAGCAAUGGGAACAGCUCGGCGUGGCCGGUGGCGAACCCCGUGCUGACCUGCGCGACACCGACGGAAGCCGGGUACCCGAGCAACUUCGUCGCUGACCCCUUCCUCUACGUGCAGGGGGACACACUCUUUCUAUUCUUUGAAACAAAAACAGUAAGCACAAUGCAAGGUGAUAUUGGCGUUUCAAGAAGCCUGGAUCAAGGUGCAACAUGGGAAUUUCUUGGCAUUGCUUUAGAUGAGGCAUGGCAUCUUUCAUACCCAUUCGUGUUCAAAUAUGAAAAUGAGAUUUAUAUGAUGCCAGAGGGGAACAAAAAGAAGGAGCUACGACUUUAUCGAGCUACUAAGUUUCCUCUUGAAUGGACAUUGGAGAAGGUGCUCAUUAAUAAACCACUUAUUGAUUCCUCGUUAGUCCAAUACGAUGGAGUGUGGUGGCUAUUUGCCUCAGAUUUUACUCGGCAUGGUAUAGAAAAGAAUGCAGAGCUUGAAAUUUGGUACAGCAACUCACCGCUUGGUCCUUGGAAUGAACAUAAGCAAAACCCUAUUUACAGAUCUGACAAAAGUUUAGGAGCUCGAAAUGGUGGAAGGCUAUUCAUGUUUGAAGGGUCACUGUAUCGUCCAGGACAGGAUUGCAGUGGUACCUAUGGGCGGAAGGUUAAGCUGUACAAGGUUGAAAAGCUAACUAAGGAAGAAUACAAAGAGGUUCCAGUAAAACUUGGGAUCGAAGAGACAAAGAAAGGGAGGAAUGCUUGGAAUGGUAUGAGGUACCAUCACAUGGAUGCACAGCAGCUUGCCUCUGGUGGAUGGAUUGCUGUCAUGGAUGGUGAUCGUGUCCCUUCAGGUGAUUCAACACGGCGAUCUUUAUUUGGUUACAUGGGUUUUUCUGUAGCUGUUGCUCUGGUCAUUUUUGUGGGUUUUGUAAAAGGUGCAAUCAGUUGCUACAUUCCUCCAAGUUUUUGGGUUCCUCUAACUAGGAGAAGUGAGUUAUCUCGUAUGCUACCUGUGCACCGCUUCAACCAGAAAAUCCGUAGAUAUUCGACCAGUGUUGGCAGGAGUAUCUCUGCUACCAAAUCAAGGCUCAGUGAGAAAACUUGGUCGAAUACACUAUUCUUUUGUGUAAUUGCUCUAAUAGGUAUUAUUAAUGUCUGCAUUGCUGUGCAUUUCCUAUUUGGUGGCAAUGGUGCUGAAGAGGCAUAUACACAUCAAGGCCAGCACUCUCAAUUCACAAUGGUCACAAUGACAUAUGAAGCCCGACUCUGGAACCUGAAACUGUUUGUUGAACACUACUCUAGAUGUGAGUCAGUCAGAGAGAUAGUUGUUGUCUGGAACAAAGGAAACCAUCCAACCAGUGACGCCUUUGAUUCAACAGUGCCUGUCAGAAUACGUGUGGAAGAAAUCAACUCCCUUAACAACAGAUUUAGGGUUGACCCUUUGAUAAAGACCCGGGCCGUCCUUGAACUGGAUGAUGAUAUCAUGAUGACUUGCAGUGAUAUAGAGAAAGGAUUUAAGGUGUGGAGAGAACACCCUGAGAGGAUGGUAGGCUUCUACCCUCGGAUGAUAGACGGGAACCCUUUGCAGUACAGGAACGAGCGAUAUGCUCGGGGCAAGAAGGGCUACAAUCUGAUUCUCACAGGUGCUGCUUUCAUGAACAGUGAGUUUGCUUUUCGCAAAUACUGGAGUGAUGAAGCUAAAGAAGGCAGAGAUUAUGUCCACAAGAACUUCAACUGCGAGGACUUGCUCAUGAAUUUUCUGUAUGCAAAUGCAAGCUCUGAGAGGACUGUGGAGUAUGUUCACCCUGCUUGGGCUAUCGACACUUCUAAGCUUUCUUCUGUUGCUAUUAGCCGAGACACCCAGAAGCACUAUGACAUUAGAACAAAAUGUUUGGCAAAGUUUGCCUCCAUAUAUGGCCCUCUCCCCCAGAAAUGGGGGUUUGGUAUGCGAGAGGAUGGCUGGGACAAAUAGACUGGACAAGGCGGAAUAGACCGCGAACACAUGCAGGUUGUUGAACAUUUUUUAUUGAAAGUUUUGCAGCAUGGCGAUAUGUUACAUCUUUUUCUCCCCGGUAGAAGUAACUUGUUUAGUGAUGUAAUUUGGAUAGAAACCAAGAACUGUGUAAAUCAUGAUCUGUUCAAAGUUAAUUAUGCUCUGUAGCUUUUGAUGCUUAAAAUAGCCAAAUUCAGUGCAGUAUUUGUGAAGCUUCAAAUUCGCAAGGGUUAUUCCCUGUAUCAGUAGCACUCUGGAAUCAGACUUGGUACA